AUUUUUUAUCUACCAGGAAAACACUAUACUUAUAGUUCUUACCAAUUAUAAUCGGGAGUGAUGGUUUAUCAAACUCAAACUAAUUAAAUUUAAAGUUUACCGAAAGUUUUAAAAUUUAAAUAUCCUGCGGACGUCUUCGGCGGACGCGUCUAUUUGGCGAAAUUGAAGAAAAUUGCGUCGAAAUUGUGCCACCCACUAACUUACUUGAAGUGACUGCAAGUGACAUGAGUGGAGUGACGAGUGACUACCCUGAACAUCUCAACCCCUUCGACGAGAGCUACGACCCUGCGUGUGCCUCCCCCGUGGCACCCCCCAGGACCAGCGGCAGACACAAGUAUAACACAUGGAACGCCAGGGAACAGCAGGCGGUCAAGCCUAAAGCUACAUUCCUGGAGAAGCCGUGGUCAGCUCUGAACAUUUCACCUAAGGGGAAGCUUGUAAGGCGGCUGUCAGUUUUAAAAACGGCAGUGGAGAAAUUUGCCACCAAAAAGAAGAAAAGACUGGAACAUUCAUCAUCGUACAGAGAAGCAAGUCUACAACCGAGAAGCAACAGUCUUCAUGAGGACUUCAACUAUCGCAUCAUCUCACCAAAACUCAAGGAGAAGAUUAGACAACAAGUCUUCUCGAGGUCUAUCAGCACUCAAGAGCAAGAGACAAAAAGUGCAGACGAAGACAGUCAGUCUCCACAGCUCAACGGACGUCUAACUCUUCCGCUAAACUUGGACGUUGAGAACCAAACCAAAGCUGAUGAUCAUUCCCCGACAAGUCCGGAGUCAGAGACUGAAGUAAGCGUGCUCGGAGCUCGACCUAAGGCUCGGAAAAAGAGACCUCCACCACCACCUCCGGUAGAAACCUCCAGGCCAGAUGCAACCAAUGGCCUGGAGAGAUCAGAUGACGGUCAUUCAGCCAAUAGCAGCAUUACUCAAGACUUAGAAAAAGACGCCCUAACAGACGACGACAUCUCCUUUGUGGAACUGGACAAGCUUAAUAAGAGUGACAAACACUUCUAGAGCUGAAAGCAAUAAAAAUUAGUUGCCAGAAACUACCCUUACUUUGAGAGAAUAUGCUGUAUGCAGUCACAAAUGUAUUAAGAGUAAAAUGUUAUUUAAGUUAA